AUGUAUUGCACCGCACUUCCUAUCUUGGCCAUUUUGGCCACAUCUGCAGCUGCAGAGACUGUGCUGGGGGUUUAUAUCUUCUCCCGCCAUGGCGACCGCACUCCAAAAGCAUUGCCGCCUGCAAGCCUGACCGACCUUGGUUACUCAGAGGUGUUCACCUCUGGGACGUAUUACAGAAAUCGUUAUGUCACGGCUAACGCUUCCCGUCCGAUCCAUGGUCUAAACACAGACAUCGUCCAACAAUCUCAAGUUUCUGCAUCUGCACCGGUUGAUAAUGUGCUGCAGAAUUCUGCCAUGGGCUUCUUGCAAGGUCUCUAUCCUCCUGUUGGAACAACCCUAGGUUCCAGCACUCUCCGCAAUGGCACAACCGUAGAGUCUCCCCUUAACGGAUAUCAACUCAUUCCAUUGGAGCUGGUGACCACUGGAGCCAACAGCGAGAACUCAGCCUGGCUACAAGGCGCAACGGACUGUGCGAAUGCUCAGAUCUCCUCAAACAACUACUUCACAUCCUCUCAAUAUCUCGACACAUUGGCGGGCACCCAGGACUUCUAUAAUGGCCUCUCGCCGAUGAUCAACCGCACUUUUACUGCUGCACAGACCAGCUUCAAAAACGCAUAUACCAUCUUCGAUUUGCUCAACGUCGCAUCCAUCCACAACUCAAGCGGCAACUUUCCAAACGCUGACCUCCUUACGCCCGAGACCUUUUUGCAGGUACGGACGCUGGCAGAUCAACAUGAAUUUGGUCUUGCGUACAAUGAGUCCGAGCCCAUUCGUGCGGUCACGGGAUCCAUCAUCGCGGGUGAAGUCAUGGAUGCUCUGAACAAUACCAUCACUGGAAAAGGCAAGAACAAAUUGAAUAUUCAAUUUGGUGCGUACGCCGGCAUGUUGUCCUUCUUUGGGCUCGCAAAAUUGACAUUAGCCGAUGCGGAUUUCUACGGGGUGCCGGAUUAUGCAUCCAGCUUGUCGUGGGAAUUGGUCACCAAUGCAACCGUGAACGCAACUUCCUUCCCAAGUGCAGAUGAUAUUAGUGUGCGAUUCUACUUCCACAAUGGGACCACCAGUGAGAGCUCGGAGCCACGUGAGUUCCCACUUUUUGGAACUGGUCGCAGCCCACUGUCAUGGAGUGAGUUUACUGGUGGCAUGGCCAAGUUCAGCAUUUCUGGUCAGGAGCAAUGGUGCACAGCUUGCGGCAACAGCACCGGAGUCUGCUCAUCUAGUGCUCUCGGAGACGGAGACGCGAAUGUUGGCUCGACCUCCAACAAUAACGGGAGUGGCGGGAUUUCCAAGGCUGUCGCAGGAGUCAUUGGAGCUAUGGUUACCCUGGGUGUCGUCCUUGGUGCCGAACUACUCAUUCUGUUGGUCGGAGGGUUCACUCUCGUGAGCAAGAAGAAGUUAAACAGAACGUCCAGUACCGAGAGUGCUCCAGCUGGUAUGGGUAGCGCAAAUGUCGGAGCUAAGGUGUAA